ACAAAGUGCAGAGAGAUUCCUUAAUUUAGUUAUCAUACAAUCGCGCUAAUCAGAUGAGGAAUAUGAUUCCAUCGAGAUCAUCAAACCAACGUUCCAACAACGUCCCGCACGGAAGGCAACCAAAUGGAUCGUUUGAAGCAAGAUUCAAACCACCGGAUGGAAUAGUUCCCGGAGUGUCAGACACAUCCAGCGGGAUGUGUAAUGAAUAUACUUCCACCGUCGAUCUCAGCGUGCCGGAGCAAAAUGCAAGGAAUUUCUAUUUGUCAAUUGAACCCAAUUCGAAUACAGCCGCAGAAGUAGAUGAAGAUAUAUCUGUACCGGUGCCGUCGGAGCACGAUCCAUCGGAACAUGUGGUGGUGAAAGAUGGAUACACAUAUUACAUACGCUAUUUAGACGAAUCAAUUUUGGAGGCACCGCUAGUACAACACAACCACGGCGGAGAAGUUUUUGGUGAGGUGGAACGUAUCCCCUCGAUUUCCAAUGAUCUGUCCAUGCUGAUGGACGAUAAUAUGCUUCCAGAAGGUGCCAUACCCGCGCUUGAAAACGUCGAAGGUUCAGCGCGCGACUGGAUUAACUAUGACGAGCUGCCUUUGCUGAGUCAACAAAAGCAACAGCAGUCAGUAUCGACCGAUCAUGUUACGCCACCGAAUGACACUUUGGUCGGGAAUCAGCAUUGCAAGAAUUACCACACUACGUUGGUAAAGCCGAGUGCCCAUAGCGAACAGAAGGCGGUCGGUUGUAGUGGCUGUGAAAUGUUUCCUGUGUUAACGAACGCGUUGCAGCAGCCUUCGGUUGAAGGAUUUUUGCCAAGUAACGAAACAGUUCUUAUGAAUAGCAGCAAGUCAUCCGUAGUUACCAAGGUGCCUGAUUUUAGCCACUACUGCGUGGAGUGUGAAAAAUUUUUCCCCUCCAACGACAGUCUCCAAGAGCAUAUGGAAUUCAACCAUCGGCUGUUUGACGAACAGCUCAUCACAAUGACGAAUACACCGAAAGCAUCCAUUAAUCAGCCGGUAGGGUAUGGUUCGGGCGAGUUAGUUUUUCCCAUUUCUACGAUCGUAGAUUCCACCAACCAACGUCGGAAAAGGCCAUUUUACUGUGAUUCAUGUAACAUAUCGUUUGACUUUGUCGAAAGUUACUACAUGCACAACCAUAGCGUCCAUGGAGGAGGUGCUGGUACCGGUUACCUAUGAGAGGGAAAGAUAGCGCAAUUCAAUUAUGUCUAUAAUAUUCUCUACGCUAGUGUACCUUACAAAACCAAACACAAGUUAGGCGAAAUACUUACGGUAUCGGUUUAGAGAGAAAAGAAGGAGCAAUGUUACUCGAGACCAUGCAUGCUUCAAAGAAGAUGAUGGUUUAUUUCAACAAAUAUUCUAAAUUGCUUACCCAAAAGCCAUCGGUCCAAAGCACAGCAAUGGGAAUGAAUCGUUACCACAUGAUUAAGUUUAUGUUAAAAACUAGUUGAAUUAAAUAUGACUGUUUUUUUACUGAUUCUGUUAACUUUUUUGGAUUCAACUAGUGUUUGUAAUGUAACGUAAUAAAACGUACAA